AAAUUAAUUCAUAUUUGCAGGAGACAGUCUGUGUGAGUAUGUGCAAUUAUGAAAUGCAACUUUUUUUCCUCUUGACUUUUUUAGCUGCCUCACCCUUUUUAUUUGAACACAUACAUAUGGUGUGUGAGAGUGAGCAAGCUCUCUGUAAAUGUUUGGAAGGAGCAUCUGUCAGACAAUAAAACUUGCAAGAAAACAUGCUUCUCAUUUAAACUGUAUUUGCUAGAGCUAUUCCAGUGUUGGAAUCAGUUCAUUUAUAUAGCUUAGAGGCAUUAAUAAGAACAGAGAACUGUAAAGUCACCAGAAAAUCCUAACUGUAAGAAUCCAAGGUAUUUUUUAAAAGCAUUUCGUCUAUUCGGCAUCACAGUCUUCUGAUAGGAACCUGAACCAGUUGACAUAGAGGAAACCUCUGACAACUCGUCCAAAACGAUUGCAAGCAAGAAGAUGACAUGUUUUCUGCAAACCUGGAAAGUCUAAAGAUUACAAUAAUUGUUGGACCAAAGGGAACCUCUUCAGGCAUAAAUAGCAAGACUCCUACUGUCUUCUCUUGCAGACCAACUCAGCUGCCAGCAAAAGCAGGUGCUCUCCCCUUACCAGUGCUCCAGAGGAAAUAUUUAGGAAUGGAAAACCUGAUGUUUGUCUACUGCUCCUGCAAAGUUAUCUGGACAUUGCUUGUAACAAUUCUAGGCUAUGCCAGCAGCUUGCCUCUGGGUGAUGACUCUAUUUGCACAGCAGAGGAACUUGCAAAGUACAGUAUAAUCUUCACAGGGAAAUGGAGUCAGACUGCUUUCCCCAAGCAGUAUCCACUUUAUAGGCCCCCAGCACAGUGGUCAUCAAUGCUAGGUGUUACUCAUAGUUCUGACUACAGCAUGUGGAAAAAAAAUGAAUAUGCCAGCAAUGGUGUACGUGAUUUUGCUGAAAAGGGUGAGGCGUGGGUAUUAAUGAAAGAAAUAGAAGAAGCUGGAGAGAAAAUUCAGAGUGUGCAUGGAAUCUUCUCUGCUCCUGCCAUUUCCAGUGGUACAGGACAAACCUCCACUGAAUUACAAGUGCAUUCAAGACAUCCCUUAGUUUCCUUUGUUGUACGAAUUGUGCCAAGUCCCGACUGGUUUGUGGGUAUUGACAGCCUAAAUCUCUGUGAGGGAGACCACUGGAUGGAAGAAAUAUCAGUAGAUCUAUAUCCCUAUGAUGCUGGAACUGACAGUGGCUUCACAUUUUCCUCCCCAAACUUUGCCACUAUUCCACAAGACACAGUUACAGAGAUCACUUGUUCCUCUCCAAGCCACCCAGCAAACUCAUUUUAUUAUCCCAAACUCAAAAUUUUGCCACCUAUUGCUCAAGUAACAAUGGUGAAGUUAAAGAAAAACCAGCUGGGUUUUCCUAUACCUCAUCUUAACCAGCCAGCUAAAAGCAAUGAAGUACUUGACACUUUCUCAGAAACACCACUGGACUGUGAAGUUUCACAAUGGUCUUCCUGGGGUCUCUGCAGAGGUCCUUGCAGAAAAACAGGGACCAAGAUCAGAACUCGUUUUGUACUUCUUCACCCUGCAAAUGACGGAACGCCUUGUCCAAGUCUGGAAGAAGAAGCAGGAUGUGAACCAGAUAAUUGUGUCUGAAAUAAAGAAAAUAUAAUAAUUUAGAUAACUUAAAAGUAAGAUAAGUGUAACUAAAUCUAAACUACAUGUCAUUCAAUGUUUCUUAUUCAGGUAUGCCACACUAUUUUGCUGAAGAGAUAUAUUAGACUGGUUUUGAAAGUUGCUGUUUAAUAUCAAGACUUUGGGGUGUUUCAUUCUUAAGGUUUAGUAUGACAACAGUACUUCAUCAUUCACAGACCAGAAAAUCCAAAUAAAUCUUUAUUACAAAUAUACUCUAAGUUCUUGGAGUACCCUCUAGUGGCAGAAAAGAAGACAUUUGGAAAGAUUAUGAUUCACACAUGUAAAAACCAUUCAAUCAAAAAAUCUUAACUAGUAACAUUCUUAAAUACUGUAAUUUGUUGAUUUACAACUAUUUAUACCUAGAAAUUAAUUUUUCUCUAAAUUAUAUAUAUUAUAAUUUAUUGGCUAUUUUGUUGUCUUUCUAAACAUGUUUUACUUGCCUUUCUUCAGAAAACUACUUCUAUAGAUCAGUGUGACCAGAUGUUUGCAGAAUGGUUAAGACAAGAAUAUGACUGAGUAAACUUGUCUUGAGACAUAUGGAAACAUGAAAAUGCCUUUUUUUUUUCCUCAAAAGUGAGAAGGACAUCUACCAUGAGAACACUUAGCCAACAAAAUUACUAGAAAAAAACAGCAGUUUGGAUAGUAGUAGAAAAGCUCCAAACGUAACUUUAAAAGGUUAACUGAGAUUUAAGACCUGACUGAUGGUUGGUGGUGCCCCAGUGAGGCAACCGUCUGAAAAAUAAUUGUUAAGACAUUAACACUGUUGACUGUAACAUAAAUUAUAUAAUUCUCUCUAUGUAUGCAGUAAGUGUGUCCAUGUUUCUUUAACUUUGUUUGUUGCUAUUUGUGUCAUCCUAAACUUUGCAAAGAGAAAACUUGAUGAGGUUUUAAUAUUAUCUAAGAUGGAGGUAUACAAACAUCUAACAAAAUGUGGUAUGUCAGAAACUGCUCCAGAUGGCAAACUUUAAUGCUCAAAUAAAUUUAUUAUAAAAUUAAUAUAACCUGAGUCUCGUAAAGAGUUGUGGCAACCAACUAAGAAAAGAAUUUUGAAAUUAGACUGUUCAAUACAAGAUAUUUGCAGUCAAGUCACAAAACGUUUACAGCACAUUGCAGUUCUACAAACACACAGCUAAAGUAUUGAACAGGAGACAGUGGGUUGCAGAGGUUCAUUAUGGAAUAUUUCAACUACAAGAACACCCUGUGUUCUCUGUGGAGUAGAAACAUGUAAAAGGUUCUCUGUAUUUUUUUUACAGGAGAUAAAUCUUGCAAAGACCCAAAGAAAUUUGAAACUUUAUCAGACUAAUCUAAGUUGGCCCUGCAAUGCUGAUGAAUGCACAGUUGUAGACCUAAAUACAGGAAUUUCUACAUCUUGCAUUUUUCAGAUUCCCAAGUGCAUGUUUGUCAAAAUUAUGUCACUAUUUUUUUAUUAUACCUAUUUUUCUUCAUGUUCUCCUGUGUCCAUUCUCUAAUAGAAAGAGUGUUAACAAAAUAUAAUUUCCAUAUUUUGUCUAGUUAAUUUUUCCUUCUUUUCCAGUUAUUUUCUGUCUUCUUUAUAUAUAUAUUUUUCAUUAUUUAAUGUUUUCUGUUAAACUUAUUUAAUGCAUAGUUAAAGAGUUAUCUCCAUCUAAGAAUGCAUAAGCACAUACUUAAAUAAUCUCUGAGGACAGAAACUAAAUUCAAACUGACUCAUCAACUGCUUGUAGACUAAACUCCCACAACAUUUUGCUGAAGUGUAUUCUUAGUGGAAUCUUUCUAGAAGUUCUCUAAACACUGAAGAUUUGUUUCUUCGCGUGUCCAGAAAAAAAUACAUAAGUCCAGCAGAUAAUAUCUGCAUCUGUAGUUGUCUACAUGAAUGGAGGAUCUCAGCCCUGUAGGAUAUGAUGCAAUACUGGAGCAGUCCCAAACUCUUGAUGUCAAAAGUUUUCUGGGGAGAAGACAAAAUAGAAAAGUGAAUAUGAAAAAGACAACAUAUUUCAGUGAACUCGUGUUAGCAAUACCAGGGAUAGAGAUAUUUCUUGACAAGAUUGGAUACAGUGAGUUCUACUGAAGCAUAUUCUGAUGAUAGAACACAUUUCUCAUAACAUAUUUUUAAUAAACUGAUUAGUGAGGUAUGUGA